AUGGCGGAGCCCUCAGAGCAACGGGAACGGGAACGGCCGAGCCCUGAGAGCGCCAGGGGCCGGAACGGCCGAGCCCUCAGAGCAAUGGAAAGGGGAACGGCCGAUCCCUCGGAGCAACGGGACUGGGAAUGGCCGAGCCCUCAGAGCCCUUGGAGCGGGAACGGGAACGUCCGAGCCCUGAGAGCGCCAGGGGCCGGAACGGCCGAGCCCUCAGAGCCCAGGCAGCAGGAGCGGCCGGGCCCUCAGAGCGCCAGGGGCGGAGCUGCCGAGCCCUCAGAGCAACGGGAAAAGCAGGCCCUGACCGGGGGCAAAAGAAAGGUUGCCUGCGACGUCAGUGGCAAAAACGUCACUUGUGUUGUCAACUCUGCUAAAAUCUGUGUCCUGAAUGAUUUAUUUGCUUUGCUUUGCUUUGCUUCAGAUGAGGUGAUUGAGUACUUCUUCAGCCGCUUGAAAAUCUCUCUCUGGGGGCUGGUCCCUGGAAAUCGGGUACAUAGAGCCUUAAGGGAGACCUUCGACAAAUUCCUGCCUCCAAAUGCCCACGAGCUGGUGUCUGGAAAGCUGCACAUUAUCCUCACCCGCCUGCACGACUGGAGAUGUGUGACAGUGUCCGAGUUUGCCUCGAAGGAGGAGCUGAUUCAGGCUGUGUUGUGCAGUUCCUUCAUUCCACUGUAUUUUGGGAUUUUCCCUCCAACGUUCCGUGGGGUGCGCUACGUGGACGGGGAGCUGGCCAUGUGGAGAGCCGACUUCGUGUCCCGCACCACCAUCACCAUCUCUGGCUUUGCCGGCGAAUACGACAUCUGCCCCAAGGAUGGCCCCGCUGCCUUCUUGACCUUCCAGAUCUCUGACUGUAUCUUACAGAUCUCAAAAAUGAACAUCUGCCGCUUACAGCACAUUUUUCUGUGUCCCACACAUCAGGUCAUGGACCUCUUUUAUGCCCAGGGCUACCAGGACACAGUCUCCUUCCUAAAAAGACUGAGUAAGUGA